CACAGCCACGGAACCGAAUGAGUUCGAGCGGUGGCGGCUCGACUUGGGAGUCUCGUUCUCGCUUACGUGCGAGUCAACGCGAUUAAAGGUCACUCGGAAACACUCGUAGUAAAUAGUAGUGGAGGGGCAGGGGGGGGCGAGGGUGCACCGCGUGCGCUAAACUUGCAAGGAGGAAGAAGAGGAGGAGGAGGAGGAAGAGGAGCACGUAAACAACAAGGCCAGCACACCACCCUCGCUUCUCCUCACAUGGCGGGGACGCAGCGGGAGGGAGCGCGCCGAGUGCCGGGAGAUGCUUGAAUGAGCUCCAGCACAACUUUGAACUCAACGCGCGGGGACAUGGAGAGCCCGGCGGGGGACACCCCGAGCUGCGAGGACGUGCGGAAGAGCGGCUACCUCCGCAAGCAGAAGUCCAUGCACCGGCGCUUCUUCGUGCUCCGGGGGAGCUCGGAGCGCGGCCCGGCCCGCUUGGAGUACUACGAGAGCGAGAAGAAAUUCCGCGGCAAGGCCCCCGUCCCGAAGAAAGCCGUGGCGCUGGAGACCUGCUUCAACAUCAACAAGCGGGCGGACUCCAAGAACAAGCACAUGAUCGUGCUCUACACGCGGGCCGAGAGCUUCGCCGUCGCCGCCGAGAACGAGGCGGACCAGGACGAGUGGUACCAGGCCAUGGUGGACCUGCAGUGCAAAAGUAAGAACCCCACGGACGGAGGAAUAGCAGGUGACUAUGGUGUCCCAAAUCCAGGACCGGCCUUCAAAGAGGUGUGGCAGGUCAAAGUGUGGCCCAAAGGUCUGGGUCAGUUAAAGAACCUGGUGGGCAUCUACCGCCUCUGUCUGACCGACAAGACCGUCAACUUUGUCAAGCUCAACUCUGAUGCUGCAGCUGUGGUGCUGCAGCUAAUGAACGUUCGGCGCUGCGGGCAUUCCGAAAACUUUUUCUUUGUUGAGGUGGGCCGCUCCGCCGUCACCGGACCGGGCGAGUUCUGGAUGCAGGUGGAUGAUUCUGUGGUCGCCCAGAACAUGCAUGAAACAUUGCUGGAGGCCAUGAAGGCGCUCAGCGAAGAGUUCCGCCAGCGAAGUAAAUCUCAGUCCAACUCUGGUCCCGGUGGAGGUGCAACGGCCUCCAACCCCAUUAGUGUCCCUUCACGUCGCCAUCACCCAAACCCUCCUCCCAGCCAGGUGGGCUUCACCCGCCGACCCAGAACUGAGCCUCCUGGAGGGGUGAACGGAGGUGUUAGCAGCUCCAGUGCUUCUCCUACCCCUCGUCACAGCUUUUCAAGGUCUCGUACAGCUAGUGAUGGGAGUAAAGUGGAUGAGAGUCUAGUGGGAAACAUGCCGCUUGCAGGGCUCAGCUCCAGCCCCUCCACCAACGGGUCUUGCUCAACCACUCCUAUCCUCAGGUCAAAGUCAGCACGUUCAGCCUCCACCUCAACCGCUAAAACUCCUCUUGGUCUUAUGCGCUCUAUUUCCACACCAGCACCUUCCCCGGCCCCAAGCCUGUCCUCCAGCUCUGGUCAUGGCUCAGAGUUUGGGGGUACAGCAACUUGUGCUGGUCCUGGGUCAGGGAGUGGCCCCUACAGUCGAGUCCCGAUGCAUCGCGCGUCUGUCUCGGGGUCACCCAGUGACUAUGGUUCCUCAGAUGAAUAUGGCUCGAGUCCUGGGGAACAGACGCUCUUAGUCUCCCCCAGCCAGCCUGGAAGCUCUGUUGGUAGUGUUGGCAGCCAGUCCCUAGGUGAGGAGGGAGCUAAUUAUAUUUUAAUGGGUCAGCAUAACGGUGGCAAUGGUGGCGGAAAUCAGAGCAGCAUGACAUCCAGCUCCUUGCCAGCACCUGGAACAACAGGCUGCGGCUCUAUGCCCCAGUCCAGGAGAGUGCUCCGCCGCUCCUCCAGCCGAGAGUGCGAAGCGGAGCGUAGGUUGCUAAGCAAGCGUGCAUCUUUACCCCCUAUGGCCUUAGAGAGGCUGGUCCCAUGUCCGCACAGAGGAGAAGAGCCAGCGGACGAAGACUCAGCUGACUAUGCUAUUAUGUCGAGGAGCACCAGCCGUGAGUCCUUUUCUUCCACGUCUUCUUCAAUGCAGAGGGAAUGCCUCAUGAGUGCUGGGUCAGGGGGAGGUGGAGGAGGGUACUUGGAUGUGGCGGGAGAAUUCAGAGGUGAAACAGGUGGUGUAGCAGCUGGCGGUGUAGGUUUCGGAGUGGAUAAUGGCUACAUGUCUAUGUUGCCGGGAGUCACUCAGUCUCCAGUGGCUUUGUCCCAAUCGCUGGCUGUUUCUGUUCCAGAAUUGGAUCCUAAACCUGCUGAUGAUUAUAUGGCCAUGACCCCAAACAGCAGCGUGUCCCCUCCACAGCAAAUCCGACCUACACCCUCAGAUGGCUAUAUGAUCAUGUCUCCCAAUAGUAGCUGCUCCCCGGAUCAACGUGGAGGUCUCUCUGGUGGUGCUUGGGUGGGCAGCGGUAGUGCAGACAGCAGGGCAGGCAGCGACUACAUGAACAUGUCUCCAAUCAGUGCUCGCUCUGUGAACGGGAGUCCCCCACCUUCAGAACACACCAGUCAAUCAGAGAACAGUUCUCAAGUCCCCAAGAUGGUGUAUUCUUAUUAUUCCCUUCCACGGUCAUACAAACACAAUACCUCUGCCAGAAAUUUUGAUGAUGGACCAGGACGUGGCAGAAGGCCCAAUGGUGGAAGGGGAGUGGGUGGUGCAAGGACGAUAAACGGACACCAAGAGCAACAACCGGCUGGCAGUUCAAUAGCAGGACGACACCUGUCGCUCUCUUCUUCCUCAUACUCCUCCAGCUCAGCCAGCAGUGAAAGCCUUGGAGAGAGCGAGGAGAGAGCAGCAAACACCAUCGCUGGGGGCUCCAAAGAGGGGACCAAACUCCAGCAGCGACGAGGCUCCAGUGGGUUGGCAAAUCACAGUGCCCACUCUCGAAGCAGACCAGUGAGCCUUUUUGUUGACGUAUCCAAGGCUAACACCCUUCCUCGGGUUCGUGAGAAUCCGUUGCCACCAGAACCUAAGAGCCCUGGGGAAUAUGUCAGUAUUGAGUUUAAGGGGGGAAACAGCAGCAAUACUAGUGUCGGAGGAGGCUGUGGCACGGGUGUCAGGCAUGGAUCAUUCAAGCCUCAUGGUACAAGCAGCCACCAUUCUCAACACAGACCUGUGUCGUGCCUGGGAAACUUUAUCCCCUUGUCCCGCAGCCCCUCUGCCCCUAUUACUCCCCCAGCUGCUUCCGAGUAUGUAAACAUGGACCUCGGCCCUUCUCCUUCUCCCUCACCCCACACUCCACUGGUUUUCCCCUCGUUCCACACCCCUACUACCCCUCCAAUACUUGCUCUUGCUUCCAAAGUCUCUGAUGAAGUAGCAACAGGCCCUCUGGAAGAGGUGACAGAGAUGGCUGAGGCACGGCUUAGGAAAAUCCAGGAGAUUGUUCCUGAGUUGGAGUCCCCCACAUCAUGCGGGGACUACACAGUGAUGGCCUUUAGCCUAAACAGCAACACGGCUACCGGGCCAUCAUCCAGCAUCUCUCUCAAAACUCCUUCCCCUACAAAAACCGAACCAUCCGGUGCAACACGGGUUCUAGAAUUUCCUUUAGCCAAAUCAGGACCCAACCCGGACCAUGGAGCAAAAGUUAUCCGUGCCGACCCCCAAGGACGCAGACGGCACUGUUCUGAAAGCUUCCUUGCCUCACCAUCCAUCUCUACUUCUGGUUCCACAUCUUCUUCUUCCACUGCCUCACUCUUCCCAGAACAAGCUGUGCCACGUCGGCAGGGCUUCGAGAAUACGCCAUGGCGUAAUGGAUCUAUGCCGGAUACCCUCAGCCAGUCAACUCUUCCUGGACAACAACAGCCCGCUGCCACCAACACGCCCAUCACAGAGCAAGGCCUUAAUUAUAUAGACUUGGACUUGGCCAACAAAGAGAGCCAACAUUUGGGCCUGGAUGGACCCCUAGGUAACCAGGCCUCUUCUCGCAUCUUCUCUGUGCUUGGUGCCAGCUCUGCGAUUGGAGGAGGAGGAUCAGGUGUAGCAGUCGGCAAUAGUGGCAGCGCCAGCAUCAACACGUACGCCAGCAUAGAUUUCUACAAGUCGGAGGAGCUGCGGACACAUCAGAACGGAAACAAGGAGGGGUCAGAGUGCUGAUGUCAGCGACAUCGUCCUUGGGGGAACAGUGUGGCAGCGCCGCUUCGAAGAUCUGGACUUGUUCUUUUUUUGUUUUUUGGGGUUUUUUUUUGGUUGGACACGUCCCCAGCAGCACUUGGAGAUAAAGUGUGAAAUGGUCUUGUCGGUGGUGCAAACCAACAGGGACGUGUGCCAAUGGACAUUCUUGCUCCUUUCAUUCCGUGAGUGGGAGCCAAUCAGAGACGUAAAAAGAAGAAGGGAGGCGACUUUUUGUUCCCCCGAGAGAAAAAACUAUUUAGUGUAUGGAGAAGAGACUAUAGAGCGGUGUAGCUGCAAAACAAAAAGUGCCUCUGGUUGAUUUUAGACACAGCUUUCCUUUCCUUGGAGUAAAUUUGGGAAUUUUUUAUUUCUUAAUUUGAUGUUGUUACAGAUUUAUCUGCAGGUAAUAUCAAGAACAGCUACUAGUGCUGCUCACAAUCAUACUAUUUAUGGGAUGAAUGGGCAAGUAAAUUUGUACUUUUUUAAAAAGGACACAUACCAGUUCAUCUCAUACACUGCAAAAUAAGAGCUGGCAAACUAUAUAAUAAAAUUAUUGGAUUUCAAGAAAAAAAAUGCUAAACACUAGUGAAAUUAUCUGUCCAUGCAGCUUGUUAAUUUUACUUGAUAAGACAUCCUAAAUUAAGAUUUUUAUAUCUAGAAAUUAGCAGGACUUUCAAGUAAGUAUUUUAUUAAAAAAAGAAGCAUUAUUCAUCUUGCAAUUCCUAAAGUAAGCAUCCUCGGGAUGUUGCAGAAUCUUUACACAAGAUUUUCUAUCUGGGAAAAACCUAAUGAUCUUAUUUGAAUAGUUAUUUUCUCAAUUUUAACAUUUUAAAACUAGAAUAGACGAACUAUUAUUAUAAAUGCUAAAAUUAAGUUUAGUCUAUGACUAAAAAUAAGUAAAUAGCUUUUAAACCUAGUGCAAUGUCGAGAAAUUGGCAAAUAAUUUGCAGUGUAACCACCAUUUACUUUUCAAAACAGAUGAGUACACUGCAAAAAAGAGCUGUCAAAAUAUAACAUUUUAGGGGGAAAAAAUACUAAAAACUAG